AUGUCUUCCGAUCAAGGCACACAAAUUAUUGGUUAUGCUCAGCCUUGGAUUGUUUCUCCUGGAGACCCAGUUGACAUCAAAGUUUCAAGCACCGAAAAGGAAUAUGAUCACCGUCUAGUCCGCCUCGUUCAAGGUUUUAGCGGUGCUCAUGCUCCCCCCGUUGUGAUUGAGGAUAUCACUGAAGUCCCCGUUGGCCACCACGAGGAUGGUUCUUAUCAAGAUGCCUGCGCAGGCUCCUAUGCUCUUAUCCCAUCCUGGGCUGAGGUGGCACCUGCAGCUGGAGAGGGCUUCGAAGUAGAGUUUCACGCACAACCAUACCUGCUUGACGUCGGCUAUUACUGCCAGACUCUCGUAUCUUGCCUCGAUGUAUCUUCUCGAACUGGUUUCGCUGUCGUUUUGAAAAACUCAAAGCUCGAGUUCUUCAUCGGCACAGGAAAGGAAAUCCAGGUUAUCCAGAGCCAGCUUCUUGUGAACCGCUGGCGUUGGCUCAAAAUCACCCUCAAUAUCGUUAACAACACGUUCACCUCGAGCAUCCACCAGUUGAACCGUCUUGCUGAGUCCGCUCCUAAUGGCGAAAAGAUGUCUACUGCCUUGUCGGCACCUCUGGUUUUGGGAUCAAAUUCGUUGAUGUUUGGUGCAAGCAUGUUCAAGGACAUUGAUCAACAGAGCUCUAAGGCAUCAUGCUAUUACAAUGGUCGAAUUGACUCUCCUUCCUUCACCCUGACAAGCUCAUCACCGCGCACGGUCGCAAAGUAUGACUUCUCCAAGGAGAUCUCCAGUGACGGCAUCGUUGAUGUUUCUGGAAACGGUCGCCAUGGUGUUUUGAUCAACGCACCCACACGGGCUGUGAAGGGAUAUAACUGGGAUGGCACUCAGCCCGACUGGACCAAGGCUUCGUACGGAUAUGGAGCCAUUCAUUUCCACGAGGAUGAUCUGGAGGAUGCGAAAUGGUCCACAAACUUCACCAUUACUAUCCCCUCAACAGCUCGCUCCGGUGCAUAUGCCGUUGAAGUCAAGUGCGCUGACGGAACAAGCGACAUGAUCACAUUCUUCGUCCGACCUAAUAAGAAUUCCACGGCAAAAGUGGCCUUGGUUCUCACAACAUUCACAUAUCUCGCGUAUGCCAAUGAGCGCAUGUACGAUGAGACCAAAUCGUCAGCGAUGACAACUCCGGAUGGAGUUACUAUCGGGCCAGGCAACACGUACUAUGAGACUCUGUCCCGGCGACCGGAUUUGGGUCUCUCGGCCUAUGAUGUUCACACGGACGGCUCCCCCAAUGCAUUCUCCAGUGCGCUGCGACCGAUCCUCAAUCUCCGACCGGGAUACGUACACUGGGCCUUGGACCGGCCUCGUGAGUUCAGCGCUGAUCUUCUCAUGGUUAGCUACCUGGAACGUUCGGGAAUUCCUUAUGAUGUUAUCACCGAUCACUGCUUGAGCAUUAGAGGCAAUGAAGCAACCAAGCAAUAUGAAACGCUCAUCACCGGAUGUCACCCUGAAUACCACUCUAUUACUUCUCUGGACGCUUUCAGCUCAUUUGCGAAGUCAGGGGGUAACUUGAUGUACUUGGGCGGCAACGGGUUCUACUGGGUCGCUGAUGUUGUCAGUGAUCGGCCUCAUCGCCUUGAAGUUCGGAAGGGUGAUCAGGGCUGCCGGUCCGUCACAUUCCCUGCCGGAGAACGCAUGCACAGUCUCACCGGAACCCUCGGAGGACUCUGGCGCAGUCGUGGUCGUGCUCCCAACUACCUGUGGGGCAUUGGGCCAUGUGCGUUCGGUACUGGACCCGGAAAGCCUUAUGAUAUCGAUUUGAAAUAUGCACAGGACCCGAAAUAUAACUGGAUCUUCAAAGGCAUCGACGCAACUCAGCCGCUUGGUGAACAUGGCUUUGGUGGCGGUGCCAGCGGCGACGAGAUUGAUCGCCUGGAUUAUGCGCUUGGCACACCUUCCAAUGCGGUAUUACUGGGAAGAAGUCAACAGCAUGAUGAUUCCUUUGGACUGUUCAACGAGGACUCCAUGUUCCCCAUGGUGGAUACUCUCGGUUCCACUUGUGACAUGGUCAGAAGUGACUUGGUAUAUUAUGAAACCUCGGGAGGUGGCGCGGUAUUCUCUGUUGGCAGUAUCAACUGGUUCUGCAGCAUGGCUUGGGAUAAUUUUAAUAGCAAUGUAUUUACGAUGACCGACAACGUGGUGAGAGAGUUUGUGAAAAGAGGAAAGGGUCCGGGUGAGGAGAAGAAGUGA